GAUUCGUACGCGGAUCGACUUCCGAGCUCCUCCACCGGCUCCGUCCUCCUGGGAGUUCGAAAUCGGUGAUCAUCGGUCGUGGUAGAGGAAGUAUUUUGUGAGUGCCUGUCAUGAGAACAGUUUGUGCUGUGUCUGUGUUCGUCAUCUCGUUAUUCCGCUGCGACGCCGAGGAUCCGAAUUUCAUGGAGCAAGUCAUGCCGGAUGUUUGCAAAACCAGCCAAAACUUCACCGAGCGGAUUUGGCAUCUAGCGUGCAUAGAGCAUCUCAUGGGAUAUUAUCUCGAAGACGCAGCCGACGACUGCUUCAAGAUAGUGCAGAACCUAACAGGGUGGGCUGAAGUGAUGGACAUCCUGUGCGCGAGAGACGAAUUCAGAGGUUCAUCAUCCAUUAUGACGUGUUUCUCGAGACACGUAUCCGCGUACCUGAUGUUCGACGCGAGGGACGUGGACAAAAUCACCCGGCAAUGUAGACACAAAUCGCCCCCGGAGCAGCCACUGAUGGUCGUCGAAUGA